GAGAGGGAGAGAGGAAAGAGAGCUGAGAGAGAGGAGAGAGGUGAGAGGGAGAGAAAAAAAUAUAAAGUAAAAGGUAAAGUAAUUAUUCGUAGGACCACGCCAAGAUACCAGCACAAUCCUACGUGACAUAUGUUUUUUCAUUGGAACCACUCGCUUAUGGAGCCUACACCGGGAGCCCCCACCGUGACAGGCUGCAGCAGGCGCACCCCGGUCCAGCAGCUCCGGCAACCACAGCCACAGUCACAGUGACCGUCACUGUCCUCUCCACUUCUCCUCCUUGCAGCGAGGUGGAGCUUCACGUGAAGCCGCAAGCGAAACCUUCCCACGCUGGCUGGCUACUGGCCGCCCCUGGCUCUCCCCUCCUUUCUCCAGUAAAUCUGAGCAGAGCUGCAUUUAAUGCCCCCUCCUCCUUCGGUCUCCCCUUGUUCUUGUUCUUGUUGUUCUUCUUCUUCCUUCGUCCCCCUCUCGGGCGGCCCACGGAUGCGGUUGCGGUAGCAGGACAGGUGGUGAGGAGGAGGGGUUGCGUCGAAUCCGUCCGUUCCAUGCCCAGGGUAGCCGAAAGGCGCGGCCUUGCUCGCGAGCUCUUGCUUCUUGGGCGAACCACCCCGUGCUCCUCGCAUUGAUCGAUCGCGAGUUCUUUUUUUUUUUUUAAUUCUGUUGGGGGUUUCUUCGUUCUUGGGAGAAGCUUUGCGAUGAGGCGGCAUGGGUGGCAGCUUCCCUACCACCCUCUCCAGGUGGUGGCUGUGUCCGUGUUCUUGGCGUUGGCUUUCGCGUUCUAUGUGUUCUUCGCCCCCUUCGUCGGGAAGAAGGUGUUCCAGGAUGUGGCCGUGGGGCUCUACACGCCUCUGGUUUCAUGUGUCUUCUUUCUGUACAUCUGGUGUGCUGCAGCAGAUCCAGCAGACCCAGGUGUCUUCAAAUCAAAGAAGUACAUGAGAUUGUAUGGAAGUGGCAAACACAAGCAUCCAAAUGAAUUAAGACAAGGCAUUUCAGAUGUAGGGUUACAAAUUGAGGGAACUGGAGGAAAGCAAGAACAUGAGUUUGCAGCUACCAGUGAAAAGUCAAUGACUCACUUCGAAGACAAGAAACCAUCUAGUUGCAGUUCAACUCUAUCUUAUUUUCUCCUUAUUUUCUAUCCUCUCUAUUUCGUUUUCUCCUGCUGCCAACCACGUGAAUGGUCUGAGCAGCAAACCAGUGAGGAAGGAAUGUUUUUCUGCAGCCUUUGUGAAGUUGAGGUGUUGAAGUAUAGCAAGCAUUGCAGAGUUUGUGACAAAUGUGUUGAUGGUUUUGAUCAUCAUUGCAGGUGGCUCAACAAUUGCAUUGGAAAAAGAAACUAUAUGAGGUUUUUUAUUUUGAUGACUUCUUCCCUUUUCUUGCUUAUCCUACAAUCAGCAAUUGGAGUAUUGGUGCUAGUGUUCUGCUUUGUUGAACGAAAAGAGUUCUCCAUUCAAAUCGUGUCAAAGCUUGGAAGCAGCUUCUCUGUGGUGCCUUAUGUUAUUGUGGUGUCAUCGUGUACCAUCCUAGCCAUGGUUGCUUCACUGCCAAUUGCUCAACUUCUCUUUUUCCACAUUCUUCUAAUUAAGAAGGGAAUUAGUACAUAUGACUACAUCAUCGCCCUAAGAGAGCAAGAACAAGAUGAGGGUGGUGGGCAACAGAGUCCACAGAUGUCACAUAUAAGCUCCUACACUGGUCUUAGCAGUACAAGUUCCUUUGGUGCACGACGUCGUGGCUCAUGGUGUACUCCUCCAAGACUAUUUCUUGAAGAUCAGUUUGAUGUUAUUCCAUCAGAGGCUGGUUCAUCACAUAAUUCUGCUUCCAAGAGGAAAGAAGAUGAGCCAAGGAGGAAGAAGGGUUCAGGUGGUGUAAAAAUUAGCCCAUGGGUGCUGGCUCGUCUUAACGCAGAAGAAGUUUCAAGAGUUGCUGCGGAGGCACGAAAGAAGUCAAAAGUUUUAUUGCCCAUCAGAAAAGAUGAGUAUACUCUUGGCAAUGAAACAGAUAGUAGCUAUGGAGGCACAAGCAGCAGUAGGAUUGAUCUAGGCCCUGAUAACAAGAGAAGAACAAGCAGAAGAGGAAGACCCCACACUGACCUAUCUCUUAAACCAGUUGCAAAGAUUUCCGCGGAUGCUAUUGAUACUCAUGGCAGUGACAUGAUCCCUGAAGCAUUGUCCAGUUUAGCACCAUUGCAACUGGAGGCAAGAAGUGCUUUUCAUCCCAGCAGAGCUGCAUCCUCUGCUAAUGCUGGUGGCUCAUCUCCAGACAGCAGCUUGGACUCUCCUGAUCUUCAUCUAUACCGAGUCUCCGCUGUCUCCUCGUCUGCAGCUGAAGACUUGCAGCUGACAGCUCUAACAGCCCCAGGAAGCACUCCACAGCAAGGGAUUGAGCUGUCAAGAUCAACCAGCGACGGGUAUGAAGCAUCAGGAGGCGAAGACAGCGACCGCAUCCCGUCGCGGAUAGUUCACCGAUCUUCAAACUGGGCAAGCAUCAUCCUCAGCUCUGAUCAAAGUGCGGGCUCGUCUGGCAUUCUUGUGCCGAAGAACAGGCUGUCCUGACUUCAGAGCUCAGGCCAAAAACCAUGCUCUGCUUCCUUUAGGUGAAUGAAAACUGUAAAUGGUCCAGGUAGAUUCCAGUAUCCUUCCUCGUUUGCCAGCGCUGCUGGUACCAAAGUUUCAGAUCUUGUCACAACGAUGGUUGGAUGCUGCGUGAAUUUCUGAAUUGGCUGGAUGUUUUUUGUUGGUGAAAUCUGAAUUGCUAGGUAGGGAGGAAAGUAGAUUCAUUCGUGUGCAUCCAAAUGGUUGUAAUUUUGCUCUCAGAUGACAAUGAAAUCAAUCGGAGGUUGGUAACUUGGUAUCGUCAACCUCCUGGAUUAAUGCCUAAUUGCCUUGCUAUCUGAAACACAUUUAGCAACGCAUUGUUAAGUAUCUGAUAGCCUCGCAAACUUUGAUUAAGCUGUACUUACACAGUAAGUCAAACAUGUCACAGUAAGUAGAUCUGAGAGUAAAUAACACGUAUUGUUGUAGGACGGCCCUCUGCACAUGACAGAAGACUAUACUGUAAGUUCGUUCAGUUCUGCAGCUUCUGCAUU